AUGGAUCCUAAGGCACAAAUCUUGCGUUUUUUGCGCGAGAGGGAGGACUCCUGGACAGAGACAAAGGAGAUCCUGGAUUGCUUGAGGCAGAACCCACAGAUUUCCAGGAAGAGCGAUGUAAAUCCUCACCUCUACGGCCUUGAAAGGGAGAGUCAGAUUAUGAAGCACCCGGACUCCAAAAAGCCCAGUUGGAAAAUUGCGCCGGCUCAUGCCAUGUCCGAGGGAAAUCCCUCGGGCCAGAGGGCGAGUCAGGAAGGGGUGGCAGGGGUUCCCGUGGGUACAGCUCCGACUGAAAAUGCCAAAGGGGAGUUGUUGGCAUUGUUCGGGCAGCAUGCUGCGAAGUUUGACGUAGAACCGGUAGGCGGACAAUUUCUUGCUAAGGUUUCUCUGGGUCAUCUGCCGCCAUUUACUUGCACGGAUGUCGACAAGACUGCCGCACAAAGGAUGGCAGAACAGGAGGCAAUGCGUUUUGUGAACUUGCACAAAGACUUGCACUCACAUCAGCACUUGAUUCCUCAAGAGCUACGACACGAUUUUAAGAGCCAACUCCAGCAGAAGGCCAACACUUUGCCCACCUACGACACGCCUCAGUCUGAAUAUGGGGGCUUCAUCUCCACAGUCACUGUGGGUUCCACUGAUAUUCGAUCGCCCUGCCCAGGAAGGAGGAAAGCUGACGCAGAGCAACUUGCAGCCAAGCUUGCGUUGGAGACACUUACUUUUGGGGCGGCAAAAGCCGCGGAUUCUAAGACCAGGGGCUAUGCUAAUGCUGCGUCCUCAAUGCCUGGCUCUAGUCAGCUUUGUCGGACAGACAAGGAGCUGCAAAUGGAGGCUUUAGAAGAGCAAAUGGAUGAGCAUGAAGAUCUGAAGAGGUUGUUGCAGGACAAAGGCCAUCCGGAUUUCGAGCAGAUCCGAGGAAACUUCAGUCAAUGUAUCAAGGAGGCUUUCAAGUUUGGGAUAAUUGAUGAACAACAGCAAAGACGCCUGCAGGGCAUUAACGGCCGAGGAAACUGUGCCAAGCACAAUCCAGAGAAGCUGCAACCGAAAGUUGCAGGCUCACGGAGUCUUUCCCCGGCGACAGGUGCAGGAUUAGGAACCUCGGCCUUGGAGGACAUGGAUUGA